GGUGGCUGCCAUGUGCGGGCUGAGGGCUUCGACGCCUGGGGAGUGCUGAGGGCACGCUGAGGAGAAGCAGGGACAUGUUGCCACCCCCUUUUGUCCUGAGAAACCUAAAGACAGAUACGUGCGGUUGGAAGGCAUCAAAAUUCUGGAAGAGGCUGGAAGAUGAUACAACCGAAAGCUGACACAGAAGAGUCGAUAUCCUUGCAUGCUCCCAAACUGUUCUCAAUGAGAGUUUCACCACAUCAGGGAAGAGCUCAGCUCUGGGAGGGAGACGGAGGGAGCACUGCUGCUCUGAGUCCUUGAGAUCUGUGGUUAGAGCCCCGUGGAAAUCAGACGUCACCUCAAGCUGUGUGUGGAGCUGCUGCCGUCCCCUGAAGCCUGUAUAAGGAAUGCAGCUGAGGAUGAGGCCUGACAAUGUAUGAUCUUCAUGCUAGCCAGAAAUCCAUGGAUCACCACAUGGGUGUUUUCACAAUCACAGCAACAAAAGAGCAAAGUGCUCCAGGUCCAUGGUAUUCUGGCUGAAGCUCAGAACAAAAUUCAAGGAAGUCCAGCAUUGUACGUGGAGUUUCUGCUGCUGUGUUUAUUGUAAGAGAAAGAAAGCAGAAGAAUUACCAUGUGUUACUCAAAGCACCUGAAAACCCUUGAUAAAUACUGGAAAAUCCAACAACAACAAAAGCAACAACAACAACAAAAACAACAGAAGGACCUUUUCCCUUCUCAAAAAGAUAUGCUUGUGUUACAUCGGAGCUGCUGUGGCGCAAUCAGAAGGCUCUGGCUGAAAAAGGGCCGAGAAGCACCUCCGGAGCUGUCAGCCCGUGGCAGGCUCUGCACUGCCUUGAGCACGAAGGGCACCAGAAGUGGGGCUUUUGAGGAUAUCAAUCAGAAGCUGCAGGAAGAUAACCAAGAACUGAGAGACCUUUGCUGCUUUCUGGAUGAUGACAGGCAGAAAGGCAAGAAGGUGUCCCGUGAGUGGCAGAGACUGGGCAGAUACAGCGCGAGCGUUAUGCACAAAGAGGUUGCCUUAUACUUACAGAAGCUGAAGGAAUUGGAGGUGAGACAAGAAGAAGUGGUUAAGGAGAACCUGGAGCUGAAAGAGCUGUGCGUGUUGCUGGAUGAGGAGAAGGGCGGUGGGGCAGGCAGCCGGAGCUCUAUUGACAGCCAAAUCAGCCUGUGCCAGUUAACUGCAACCAGCGCUUACAUACGAGAUGUCGGUGAUGGGAGCAGCACUUCUAGCACGGGAAGUACAGACAGCCCAGAUCAUCAUAAACAUCAUCCAAGUACUAGUCCAGAACAUCUCCAAAAAGCUCGGGGUGAGGGAAGCCCUGAGCAUCAGAAGCACAGGAGUAUCAGCCCCGAGCACCUCCAGAAGCCGAGGGGUUCUGGCAGUCCUGAUCAUCACCUGAAAGGACCGAGUCCAGAGCAUCACAAAACCAUUGUCAAAGCACCUGAGCAACAAAAGCACAGCAGUAGCAGUCCAGAAACUCUCCCAAAGCACGUUUUGAGUAGUAGCCCUGAACACUUUCAAAAGCAGAGGCCUGGUAGCAGCCCUGAGCAUCAAAAGCACAGCAGUAGCAGCCCAGAUCAUCUUCAAAAGCACACGCCGAGUGGAAGUACAGAACAUCUCCACAAAGUGAGGGGUACGAGCCCUGAGCAUCUCAAACAACACUAUGGAGGGAGCCCGGAGCAUCUCAAACAUCUCAGCGGAGGCAGCAGAGAAGGUACCCUCAGGAGACAAGUAACGGAUGACCUCUCCCCUCACCACAGAAGUAUAUACAACGGAAUGAAUGAAUCAACCUUGUCCUAUGUUAGGCAGCUGGAGGCAAGAGUAAGACAGCUGGAGGAGGAAAAUCGCAUGCUGCCCCAGGAUCCCAUUAAGAUGCCAGGAGGGGCGGAGGGGAGUUACUGCUCAGCAAACGAGCCAGCUAGCAUCAGUGGACAUGGCUCAGCCUCUCAGCAGUCUGAAUCAGUGGUAAAUGCUCUGAAGGUUGUGUGGAGGAAACUUGGAGAUGCUGCAGGGUCGUGCCCUGGAAUUAGACAACAUUUGUCAGGAAAUCAGUAUAAAGGACCUAUGUAACAGGCCCCAAGCACAUCCUCUCUCUGAAGAGAAAGAGUUCGAUCUGCUGGCAAGAGACAAUGACCUGACUGUGUCCCCAGCGCUGUCCCAGCUGGUGACGGGGUGGCUCCAUGCGCUGCACGAGACUUCGCUGGGAGCCAGUGGAGAUGCUGCACAGAGGUCUUUGGAGGAGCUGGGUGUGCAGUGCCCCCCAGUACUGCUGCUUCAGUGUACUGGCUACUGAACUGCUGCCUCGUCAUUGCAACGCGCCACAUUUAGAAGCACUGAGGUAUUUCCAUUCCUAACUAAACGAUAAUUGGGAUUCUGCAGGAGUUAAAUAAGUUAUUAUUUUCGUUAGUUACAGUGAAACUCUGGUAAAUCUGAACAAAUUUUCCACUAGAUUUAACAGAAAUUUUCCACCAGACUGGAGAGACAUUGAUAAACUGUGCCUUUGGUCCCAGCAGUUUUGACAAAGUCACUUCUUAGCAACUCACACUUAGGUCUGUAAAGUAUCUAAAGUAUCAGCUAAUGGUGCUUAGGCUUAGACGAUUUACAGCUGGUUCUUUUUUUUUUUUUUUUUUUUUUUUUGCUUUGGUAGACUACCUGCCUUUGGAGGUGCUAAAAGACCAUACCUUCUCCUAACCAGCCAGUAGUGUAGCAUAACUACAGUACUUGUAGUGAAACACAAUUUCUUUCUAAAUGAAAGUGAAGAUAGCUUUCUUUUCAAUUUACUUUGAUGCAAAACGUGAUGUCUGAUGUUCACAGCCCUUUAACAAGCAGAAUACUUAGGUAUCACUAUUAUAGGUCUCGGAACAGAAUUUCCAUCAGAGUUCUUUUCAGAAAGUGUUUUCCAAUUGCUAGGAUGCUAAUUUCUACUGUUUAAUUUACAAACACGCUGGUUUAUUUAACAAGACUCUAUAAAAACCUAAAAGAUUGCACUGCAUUAUAAUAAAGCUUUUCUUGCUGCUGUAGCAUUCUUUGAAAGCAAAAGGUUUUAUUAUACUCGGAGCAUGUCUUUCAUUAUUAUGAGGCAGAAAGCUCUUGUUCGGAUUGCCCGAGAUUUGACCAGAAGGCGCCCUAGGUGUGCUUAGUUUAUUUUUUACCUCUGUGUAUGAUCCUAGUUGUGUGUAUUGAACUGCAACGAUAGGUAUUUUGUGUAUAUCUAAAAGCAAUGAUAGUUUGAUGUAUGAAUGUGCAACAGGCUUGUGACUGCUGUUGCUUAACUUUUUACCAUAGCUGAGCAUCAAAAUAAUUAAUAAAAGUUUAAAAGAAAAAUAGGAAUGCAACAAUUCCUGGUUUUCUUGUUUCUUCUUGGUUACUACGAUUUGAGCCCAAGUCAAAUCCUUUCUCCCUGAGCUUGCAACAUGCGGUGUUCGUGAGCUAUUUGCAGUGGAAUGUAGCUUGGUUGCUGUACAAUCUUUUGUUGUGUAGGAGUAUGAUGUAAAAUCUGCUAACUGUCUUCAGAAGAAGUGUGUUAAUUUGCAGCAGUAGUUAUAUUGGUUUCUGUUGUUAUUUUUUACUUGGUACCAUUUGAUGUGAGGCCUCUUAUCCAGCAUUGCUUUCUCGGGCAAAACUCCUGGUUGCUCCGUCUCCUUGGGUUGGAAAUGCAGAACCCAGCCUUCCGUUUUCGAGGCAUUGCACUCUUGCAUAAUUUCUUAUAUGUAUAACCCAGCCCAAACAGGUCGUCUGUUGCCUUUAUAUGUUGUUUUCUCCCAUACAUAUUGUUUGCAUAGUUAAACUUAAAUUGUUGUAUUCCUAUAUAUCUAUAUAUAUAUAUGUACGAAAAAAUGUAAAACAUGUACUUGUGCCUGCAGUACGUAUGUGCAGGGGCUAAUUUGAGGGACACUGGUCUUUUGACACUACUCUUGUGUAAAUUUUGAUACUGUAUUAAAACUAUUUUUUUACAGUUCCGCAUACGACUGGGUAUCAAGUAUCUGUGUUCAUCUUAGCAAUGGUAAUAAAUUAUAGAAUCUCA